UUUAUAUUUACAGCGGUUAAACCUAAACUCAUAUUUACAAAUCGCUAUUAUAUUCGAGAAGUAAAUAUUGAUGGAACAAACAGCAGGUUGCUGGUUGCAAACCUCACUAAUGCUGUUGGACUUGAUUAUGAUUUUGUCGAGAGCUGCAUAUAUUGGUCAGACGUAACCCACCUCUCGUCGUCAGUGAAAAAGAUGUGUAAUAACAGCCAGCCAAUGGUGCUGCAUUCGGCUGUACAGAGUCCUGAUGGCAUCGCCCUCGACUGGGUUGGACGUAACCUGUAUUGGUGUGACAAGGGCAAAGACACCAUUGAGGUGUCCAAAUUAGAUGGUCGGUUCAGGAAGGUCCUCAUCAACAAAGGAUUACAGGAUCCACGAGCCAUCGUUCUUGACCCUUUUCAUGGCAAUAUGUAUUGGACAGACUGGGGAAAUCAGCCCCAUAUAGGGAAGGCCGGAAUGGAUGGUUCAUCACAGAAAUAAUUGUGAAUUCAUCUCUGGGAUGGCCCAAUGCUCUCACAAUCUCAUACGUGACGAAUGAACUCUUCUGGGCUGAUGCCCACCAAGAUUAUAUAGCUCACUCUGAUCUUGACGGCAACAACAUUCGGAUCAUAAGAAACAGAGACACGGCCCCCAAGCAUGUGCAGCACAUCUUUGCCAUCACCGUGUUUGAGGAUUAUCUCUACUGGACAGACUGGGAGCUAAAGAGUGUUUUGCGUGCUGACAAGUAUUCUGGAAAGGACAUCCAAAACAUAUAUAAUGCUAUACACAGACCAAUGGAUAUCCAUGUCUACCAUCCGUUCCGACAGCAACCCUUGAAAGACAACCCUUGUGAAGGGGGUGGAGGGUGCGACACAAUGUGCCUCCUGGCCCCCGGUGGCACCAGUACCCCUGUGGGCAAGACAUGCACUUGCCCUGAGAACUUUGUAUUGGAUUCUGAUGGCGUGUCAUGCAAGAAUAACUGCCUCAGCUCCAUGUUCGUGUGCAACUCCACUUACAAGUGCAUCCCAUUCUGGUGGAAAUGUGACACCCAGGAUGACUGCGGUGACAAUUCUGACGAACCAGACAAUUGUCCAGAUUACGGCUGCACCCCUGGACAAUUCCAGUGUAAUAAUGGCAAUUGUAUACAUCCAUCACUGAUCUGUGACAAUCAGGAUCAUUGCAAGGAUGGCUCGGAUGAGCCCCAGUGUGAUGAGUAUUCGUGCGUUUUGUCUCAAUUUAAAUGUCCUGCAUUCAAUGGCUCGAGUGCACAUUGCAUCGCAGUGAGUCGCCGUUGUGAUGGGACGCCUGACUGUAAAGGAGAAUUUGAUGAAAAAGAUUGUCCAGCCCCAUCUUGUUCAGCAGAUUGGUUUUCAUGUAAUAACACACAGUGUAUACCCAAGGUGUGGGUGUGUGAUGGAGAGCAGGAUUGUUCCGACCACUCUGAUGAGAUGCCAGAGUGCAGCACGCGACAGUGUCCGCCAGAGAAUUUUAGGUGCAAAAAUGGCCGCUGCAUCCCUCGUUCCUGGAAGUGCGACGGGGAGUUUGAUUGCCCCGGCAGAGAGGAUGAAGGUGAAGACUGCUUCCAGACACACACUUGCGAUGAUUCACAGUUCAAGUGUGACAGUAUGAAGUGUAUUCCUAAGCGCUGGAAAUGUGACGGCGAAAAUGAUUGCAUAGAUGCAUCUGACGAAACAGGAUGUCCCGAGAGAAAUUGUAGCGAGAGUGAAUUUCGCUGCGAUGAUGGCAGAUGCAUUGCCAAGAAAUAUCUCUGUGAUGGUUCAACAAAUUGUGCAGAUGGCAGUGACGAAGCCAAGUGUGAAAAGCAUUGUGGCGAGACCAUGUUCAAAUGUGAAACGAUUCCUCAGUGCAUUUUAAAAGACUGGGUGUGUGAUAAGGAUCCCGACUGUGGCGACGAAUCGGACGAGCGCAACUGCAGCAGCACUUGUGGCCCCGGAUUCACCCGUUGUGAUAAUGGCACGUGCGUCUUUGACUCGUGGGUUUGCGAUGGUGAGAAUGAUUGUGCAGAUGGCAGCGAUGAAAGCAAGGAACAGUGUGCCAAUCGUUCGUGCUCUGCAGGCAAAUUUAGGUGCAAAAAUAACGUGUGCAUUAUGGAGGGCCACGUGUGUGAUGGUGAAGACCACUGUCACGAUGCCUCAGAUGAAGCUCCGGAGCUGUGCCAGAGAAAAAAAGUGUGUGGGCCAGGACAGUUCCAGUGUAAAAAUGGCCACUGUAUUGGGAAAGAGAGUUUAUGUGAUGGUUUUGAUGACUGCGUAGAUGACAGUGAUGAAGAGAAUUGCCCUAAAGGUUGCAGAUUUGGAGAAUGUUCACAGGUGUGCAAUGUGAAGAAGGAUGGGAACCACACGUGCACCUGCGCUCCUGGCUACUCCCUCCACAGCUACUCCCAGAAGAAUCAGAAGUCGUGUUUUGCUGACGGCAACCUGGCGUACAUGGUGUUGGCAAAUGAUAACCACUUGAGAAAACUUUCUCCAUAUAAACAUGGCAACUCUGCUAGUAUUCUCACUUUAACCGAGGAAGACUCUAAGGUUACAAGGGUCCACAGUGUGGAUGUGCUGUACGAUCAACAACCACGGGCCUUUUGGACCAACUUGCAUGAUAAUACGUUAGUGUCCAUGUCGGUGCCAACUACACACGAAGAGGAUAGUUCCCGUGUCCGUAGGGAGGCUUCUUCCUCAACGAUUUUGCUGAGGGACUUGAAGAGGCCCCAAGGUGUGGCAGUGGACUGGGUGACGGGUCUCGUGUACGUUGUCAAUGCUGGAGACAGGACCAUCUUAGCAGUGUAUCCAGAUGGAUCCAAGAAAAUCACACUUAUUUCCACAGGCUUGGAACAAACACAGGAUAUCGUGGUUGAUCCACAGUCUGGACAGUUGUUUUGGACUGACUGGGGAUUCAGUCCAGGCAUUGAUGUUGCUGGCAUGGAUGGGCAGAACAAAAAACGAUUACUGGAUCGCAAUAUACUCUCGCCGGUGGGGCUGGCCAUUGACUAUCCCACACGUAGACUGUAUUGGGCAGAUAUAAAGACUAAUAAAAUAGAAACUGUCUUGCUAGAUGGCUCAGAUAGGCAACUUGUGAGACAGUUUGGUCCCGGCGAAGGUGUGCCUAGCAACCUAGAUGUCUUCGAGGACAUGGUAUAUGUCAUCACCCACGAUACAAAUUCGGUAUAUCGGUUGAACAAGUUUGGGAAUCGCCUUCCUGAGAUGUCCCGCAUCUCUCAUCACACAAUCAAGAUAUCAGAUGUCCUCAUAGUUCAGGAGAAGAAGCAAGAUAAGUCAUUAUUCAAUCCAUGUGCUGGCAACCCCUGUGACGCAGAUGCCAUGUGUCUCAUAUCUGGCCCAAAGAAUUACUCUUGCCUUUGUCCCGAUGGCUUGAUCGAAGAAAUUGUGGAAGGUGUGAAGAAAUGUCAUACGAAGCCUUCAAAGGAGACUCAGUGUCCAUUGUUUUGUAAUAAGGGAGAGUGUGUACAGACAGACAAAGGCCCGCGCUGCCAGUGUCAGCCAAUGUACCAGGGGGACCACUGUGAGAAGUACAGGUGCUCUGGCUAUUGUAAAAACAAUGGCCAAUGUACUGCUGAUACAGAGAAAGGCGAAGUAGCAGGUGUACCAAUCUUGAAAUGCAUUUGUGGGCCCAAGUGGAAAGGCAAGAGGUGCGAGACUCCCGUAAAGACUUGUGAUAACUUCUGUCAAAAUAAUGGAUCGUGUAAACUGACAGAAGAUAAUGUGCCCUACUGCAUUUGCCCAAGAAAGUUUACUGGGGAUCAAUGUGAACAGUGUAAAGAUUUGCAUUGUGAAAAUGGUGGAAUUUGCCGGUUGAAGAUGAGGGAUGGCAGAGAAGAAUCGUUUUGCUCCUGUUCUGACGGCUAUUUUGGAUCAAACUGCAGCAACAGCUUAUGUACGGGUUACUGCAAGCAGGGGUCUUGCAGCAUAAUGCACGACAGACCUCAAUGUACGUGUCAUAAUGGCUGGUCGGGAAGAAUCUGUGAUAACUGCACUGAUAAAGCAGCUUGCGAGGACCCGUGUGCUGACUUAGUGUGCGAGAACGAAGGCAAGUGUACCAUUUUCCCCGGCCCACCUCGCCAGGCUCAGUGCUCCUGCGCUCCGGGAUACCAUGGCAAACACUGUCAAGUAUCUAUCUGCAACAAGUUUUGCAACAAUGGAUUUUGUAAAGUACGUCGGGGUUUCCCAACAUGCGAGUGCGAUAGAGGCUGGUCAGGCCCCCGAUGUAAUGUUCCCAACUGUCAGGAUGGAGGUGCUAACUGUGGGUGUCCUAUUGGUUACCAUGGACCCAAUUGUGACCAUUCUGUGUGUGAAAACUAUUGUCUGAAGGGAGAAUGUCAGCUGGCUGGAAAAGAACCAGAAUGCAGGUGUCCGCUCGGCUACAGUGGCGACAGAUGCCAGAAGAACGAUUGUGACCACUUUUGCCAUCGCGGUACAUGCCGCGUUACUAAUGAUGGUGUUGUGUGCGACUGUGAGGAAGGCUACACUGGUCCACAGUGUAAUGAACCCAUCCCUGGCUCAAAGUUGUGUCUCCCGAACCCCUGUGAAAAUGGUGCAACUUGCGUCAUUAUCGACGACAAACAGAUAUGCAGCUGUGCCAAAGGAUACAUGGGCACCUGGUGUCAGACGUACAACAAAGACGGCAUUGAUCCGUGUCUCAGCCUAACCUGCCUUCACGGUGGUGUAUGUCAGGUACAGUUUGGAAUGCCUGUCUGCAUCUGUAAUCACGAGUGGACAGGUGAAAACUGUGGACUACCGAAAGUGUGUAAAGAGAGCUGGUGCUUCAAUGGUGGUAUCUGCACCACUAAUCCUGACCCUUCCCUCCAACCUAUCUGCAGCUGUCCUGAAGGAUACACGGGUUUGCGAUGCGAGACCGAAGGGGACGUGACCGCAGGCAGUGUGGCCGAGUCGGUGCCCAACAUGGCUACAGUUGUUAUAGGUGUCUUUGUUGCUAUAGUGGUGUUGGUUGUAGCGGUGGUAGUUGCGUGGCUAUGGCAGCAUCAACGAGGAAAGGGCAUCAGUCACGUACGUUUAGAGGAGAAUGGUGGCACUGUGGAGAUGACCAAUCCCAUGUACCUGCAUGCCUCUGAUGACCAGGAUGAUAACCCUAAUCCUAUCUUCACCCUUCAUGACUCGCCAAACACCUUCAAAAACCCAGUAUACGACAGCCUGUACAGCGAAGAAGCUGCGACAUCGAUCACACAGGAGGAGAAGACUGGUUUGCUACAGUCGGACCCUCUGGGCGCCCUAGACACAAGUCGGUCCACUGGGUCGAAGUCUUAACGCCGGCUAUUCCUCCUAAUCACCAUCAUCCACAAAAUCAUAACACAACUACGUACUUGGACAUAUAAGUGUAAAAGUACUUCAGAGUUUUCUGAAAAAAGUUUCUGAAAGUGGAGUGGCCAAAUGGAGAAGAUACUCUACUACAAAACCUGAAAAUCGCAAAUGAUAGUCUUGGCUACCUGCAAUACUUACAAAAGUUAUGUCUCGGUUCAUUCCUUCACAGGAAAUGACUAAUGCAUAGAAUCUUCCUCAGACAAUUCAGCCAUUGACCAUCUUUACACCUUAAGAUGCUAAAAUAAAACUGCACUAAUAUUAGAGUUUUUGCAACAAUUUAAUAUGGUGGGUUGGCUGUUGCUAAAACAGAGCAAUUGCCUUUUGUGCCACCAUAAAUCUGGAAUGUAUCGGAAAGAAUGUGGGUUACCUCAUCAAGCGCGCACAAACUGGAAAAAUGGAAUAGCAGUAGUAAAGGUAAUUUUAACCGCUACACUGCACCAGUCGCUAUCUGCGAUUUCCCCUGCACUCCAAUUGCCAUUUUCAAUUUAUUCCCAUUUGAUUUGUUGACUAUUUUAGUCAUGCACACUCCAGUGUAGUACAGUACUUUGUAAUAGCUGCACAGUUUAGGGGUUAAAGAGAAAAAAAAGAGGUGCUUUUUGUUUAUUGGAUAAUAUGAAGUGCUAUUUAAGAGCUUGGCCACCUUGAGUAGUGGUGCAGAGCUCAUCUGGCCACAAUCAUGAUCGGUGAAAGAGACGGCGGCCUUUGUACGUUACCACAGCAGUGCUUCCAUGGAUGACUAAAGCUUGCCACUCUAUUAUAGAACUAGUUACAUUACUUACUCCUUUUAUAACAAUUACCAUCCACUAUAUAUAUAUAUAUAUAUAUAUAUAUAUAUAUAUAUAUAUAUAUAUAUAUAUAUAUAUAUAUAUAUAUAUAUAUAUAUAUAAAAUUAUAUUAAUAAUAUAGUAUAUACAUAGGUGUGUGUGUGUGAUGAGUGAUUCCUGCCGAAAUGUUAGAUCUGUAAUUAACAUAGCUUUCGGAAAUUUUUUGUGUAAAGUCAUCUUCAGUGAUUUGUAUGUUAAUCUAUAAUUUUUCUUUGUGUAAUAAAUACUGUAUGUUUAAGUUAAAUAUAAUCAAUUUUGGUUAAUGCCACUUUUAGAGAUUGUAUAGUGACUAAUUAUGGCUCUUUUGAAGGUGUCUAGGAAAAGUCUGUUAGUCUCCCCAAUAAAAUUGUUACAGAAUCCUAGGAGGAGCAGAGGUGCACAUGAUUCAUAGUGGGAAUAUUGUAAUGUUUUGCGUGGCAUUUGUGAGAAGAUGGAGAAUGUGGGCGGAAUCACUGGACGUCACCACAAAGCCAUAUUAUGGCUCUUGACGUUACAGGCGCCGUAAUCAAGUAUUCCAUCUUAAAUAUGUUCUUGGAUGCUGGUUUUUAUUUUUCACUUAUUUAUUUUGUAUACAAAUUAGUGUAGGGAGUUACUUGCCGUAACAUAUUUUAGUAAAACUAUUAUUUUAUAAAUUUUCAGAACAUUUCUUCUUGUUUAUGGUGCUUUGUUUAGUGUGCAUCAGUCCAAAUUUUUCCACUUGCAAGCUGCCAGUGAUGCCCAAGUGAUUUGUAUAAAUUUUACUUAUAACUUUGAUAAAGUUAAGCAUUGUCCUUAUGGUAAAUAAGUUUUGGCACAUGAUUUUGACACCUCCCCCCCCCCCCAAAAAAAAAAAAACACAUCUAUGAGGAAAUAUUGAAGCCAUAUCACGAUCACUGGCGUGUAUGUCUGAGGAGUUCAAGGAUAUGGUUCAAUCUCUUCAUACAGCUUCAGUAUUUUCUGUUACUCAUUUGACAUUUUUUUUAAACAGUAUUUAAGAUAAAAGUUACAAAAAUUUAGCUAAAAUUUGAUGACCCGCAUUGAUUAAUAUUCUUGGUGUUUGAGAUGCCAUUCCCAACAUAACUAGUUACUGAAAUUGGUAAAUUAAUGUAUUGUUUAGAACACAUCGGUAAAUUUAGUUAUUUUCUCGAAUCAUUUUAAUGGCAAAGUUUUUAUACUGUAAUUAUUAUAGGAGUCAAGAAACCCACUAAUUAUCUAACCCAAAGGUCGUUAGGGCACUGAUCCUCGGAACCCAAUUGUCGUUAGGGCAUUGAUCCUCGGAACCCAAGGGUCGUUAGCACAUUGAUCCUUGGAACCACUGCAUGCCCCUCAAGGUAACAAAGCAAACCACCUCAUGAUAUGGUAAUGUACUAAAUGUAAUGACAUUGUUGUAGUCACAAAGGGCUGUGUUUCCACAACUUCAAUAAUUUGCUGCUCAACCUGCUAUUCACUUUUAAUGUACUGUAUACUUCAUACACUAUCUAAUUUACUUUAAAUAAUCAGCGUUUAAAGAUUUAUAUUUUAAGGAGGCUAAGAGACCUUUUGGGCUGUAUAAGAGAGCUGUAGUGUGUUCUAUGCAAGGAAAGCGUAUAUCAAAACAACACGCAUUUGACUGAUGUACAAAAGUAUUUAGUGUUUACAAAUUUCCAACGGUUGGAUUCCUGAAAAAAAGUACCAAACCAACGGAUUGCAAUGAUUGUGGGACUGCAGGCUUCUCCAAGCAAUAUCCUUUUUAUUAAAGGUAUUUCAAGACAAGCCUGGCCCCAAGACUGUCUUUGGGAGUAGAAUAACUCUGAACCAACUCCACGUAACUCCGGGAAAAAUAAACUGAAGCUUACACAUGGGAAGAAAGACUGGAGUCUACUGUGAGAUACAUGGUAAAGAGAUUGGUUCAUAGCCAUUAAUCCACACACACUGUUUCAAAUGUAACGUUUAUAAAGUUAAUACUGCUUCUCUUAGUGAACACAUUAAGCAUCACUAAUGGAUUAAUAACUUGGCAUUUCAAACUUGCAUAGUUACUGCAUAUUUUAAACACUGCAGUUAUAAAAUGUGUAUACUAAAGCAUGUACAUAGUCUAUCUGUUCAGGGAAUUUAUGACAAUGACUCGCUCUCCACCAUUGGAUGACUGCUGAAGUAGGAGGAAGACUUUCAAAUUCUGUGUGAUUUCCAAACUUUCAGUUUGGAACUCUCAGCAAAUGAAAAAUAGUACAUGAUGAAAUGGGCAGGACUGGUACAAAAUGUAGGUCUCAGAGUUUUAAAUUAAGCAGAAAUUAAACUUAGUGUGAAUGUACAUAGUUGCACAAUGAAAUCAUGAGAAUAUGAUGUAUCUAUGAGAAAAUAUUAGGGCCAUACAAUGGAAUCAAACCCACAUCCCAAGGAAGUCUUGAGAUAUUUUUAAUCUCAUUAUAUGACCUUAAUAUUUUCUUCAUGUACAUAUUUGUUUUCCCCCCUGGUAGUACGAUGUAAAUCGGUAGGGCAAUUCAAUAAAUACUGGCAAGCAGGGCCGAGCCAUCUACGUCAAGCUAAGAAGUCAGUAGGUCAAUAAUACUCGUGAGCAGGGCUGAGCCAUCUACUUCAACCUAAGUUUGGUUUUCAACUGAUAAUGAACAUUAUUAUUAUUUACCAACACAACUAACUUUGUAGUUGAUUUGUAGGUCUGUUUUUUUGCUCUCCCUACGUCUUUCUCCGAGAAGCCAUUACACUACAUCAUCAUUGACCAGAAUGUGCCAUAUUACAAAAUGUGAUAUUAAUGAUUCAAAUCUCAGUAUGUAUUUUAUAUAUAAAUCAUUAAGGAAGUAGAAAAUUCAAUGUUAUAUCGGCUACCGCUACAUCCCUUCAAGUAUCUUGUACUCUUCAUGAAUAUAAAAAUGAUUCAAAUAUUUAAUAAUAAUUGUGAGACAGUACCCUACUUGCAGUAUUAGACUCAUUUGUGCCUGAUUUAUAUAAAAUUCUUAUCUGUAGAAGUGGUGUCUUGAAAUGAAUGUUCAACCUAGCUUCUCCAGCACAAAUUCUGUACAAUACAUGCCUAAACUGUGUUGAAGCAUGUGGAACUGGCAUCUUCAGCUUAAAUUUGCCACUAAUGCACCCCCUUUAAAUUUAUUAGUAAUAUUACAUUUGGUGAAUUAUAUGGAAAUUUUUAGUAUAAACAAUACAAUUGACAUAACGUGAUUAAAGAAAACUCGCAUGUUACACGCGUACAUUUUCAGCACCGAUGUCUCGUAAUACUGUAAACAUUAACAUAAUGUGGUAAAAGGAAACACAACAUUAUAUGCAUGCAUUUUUCAUCAUUGAGGUCUCUUGAUACAUAUUAAUAUACAGUAACGUAACGACAGGAGACAAACACAUUAAACAUGUGCAUUUUCACCACAGAGGUCUCGUGAUACACAUUAAUAUAACUGCUUACUAUAGUUCUAGUAAAUAACCUAGAACUUUACUUUGUUGAUGUAUUUUUCAUCAGGUAAUAUGAAAAUAUUUACAAUAUGUACAUCAUUUUCUAUAUACACUACCAUAUUAUGUAUAGCUAAACUUUGUGUAAUAUAUACAUUGUAAUGCAGAAAAUAAAUCACAGUAACAUGGCUGAAAAUUAAUAAACGAACCCCCACAUGCAAAGACAAUGAUAAGGUUUGAGCCCAUUCUGGAUACUUCUCAAGUCGUGUCGACUUCAGAAGGGUCCAACAUGGACCAAAAUGCUGGAACUUUCCAUACGUAUGGGUUGGGUCAUAUAUUGCAAUGUUUACUAAAUACUUACACCGUCUCUUGGAAGUGUACGUAAUAGGUACACAAGGCUCUUGGAAGUGUACGUAAUAGGUACACAAGGCUCUUGGAAGUGUACGUAAUAGGUACACAAGGCUCUUGGAAGUGUACGUAAUAGGUACACAAGGCUCUUGGAAGUGUACGUAAUAGGUACACAAGGCUCUUGGAAGUGUACGUAAUAGGUACACAAGGCUCUUGGAAGUGUACGUAAUAGGUACACAAGGCUCUUGGAAGUGUACGUAAUAGGUACACAAGGCUCUUGGAAGUGUACGUAAUAGGUACACAAGGCUCUUGGAAGUGUACGUAAUAGGUACACAAGGCUCUUGGAAGUGUACGUAAUAGGUACACAAGGCUCUUGGAAGUGUACGUAAUAGGUACACAAGGCUCUUGGAAGUGUACGUAAUAGGUACACAAGGCUCUUGGAAGUGUACGUAAUAGGUACACAAGGCUCUUGGAAGUGUACGUAAUAGGUACACAAGGCUCUUGGAAGUGUACGUAAUAGGUACACAAGGCUCUUGGAAGUGUACGUAAUAGGUACACAAGGCUCUUGGAAGUGUACGUAAUAGGUACACAAGGCUCUUGGAAGUGUACGUAAUAGGUACACAAGGCUCUUGGAAGUGUACGUAAUAGGUACACAAGGCUCUUGGAAGUGUACGUAAUAGGUACACAAGGCUCUUGGAAGUGUACGUAAUAGGUACACAAGGCUCUUGGAAGUGUACGUAAUAGGUACACAAGGCUCUUGGAAGUGUACGUAACAGGUACACAAGGCUCUUGGAAGUGUAAAGGUAAAUCAGGUAAUAAUGCUAAGUAAUGUUCAAGAGAUACAAAUACCAUGUAUUAAUGAUGCCAACAAUAUCGAUAACAUAGCAUUUCCUUUAUGGUAAGGAAAUACCGUAAGGUAUUUCUAAGGUAAGGUAAGGAAUACCUUAGCUUUGAUUGAGUUGGUCUUCAAUUAUUGCUGUAGGAUGAUGUAAGGUGGCAAUGACCCACCAUAGCAGGGCAACAUAAUUUAGCCAAGACUAAGACCUUGCAUGAUUAUCUUAUUUUAAUGGUGUACAAAUUUAAUUGCUACAGUUAACUUUUUUUGCUUAACUCAUAUUCUCAUUAUAUAAAGCCAUGCUAUGUAGCUAAUCAUUAUAAGCAGUGCAUUAUAAAUUUUAGAUGAUGAAGUAUGUUUUUUUGUUUUGAUGUAUCGGUAGGAGAAAAAUAUAUCUCUUGGUUUUUCAAUGUUGAUAAAAAUAGUUUUCAUGAGUAUUUCGAGAUUGUCGCAGCAACGGGACAUGAACGUCUUCAGUUCUGCACAAUGAAAUCACGAAAACUUGAUGUAUCUAUGAGAAAAUAUUGAAAAUAUAUAUAAUGGGAUCAAACCCAUCCCUAAAAUGGUGAAACACAUGCACUGCACUAAUGGUCACCAGUGCGUGUGCUGCGAGAGUCCAGGGAUGCUCUUUGGACCCAAUCAUACUUUUUCAAUAUUUUUAUCUAGUUCUUGUACUGCAUCUUGUUUUCAAUUAAUGCUAUUGUCUCUUCUUAGAAUGUUGAGAUAUAUUUGAUUCAUAUAUACUUAAACACAAGUUUAUGAUUUUGUAUGAAUAAUGAGUUAAAUUAUUACUACUGUACGUAUUUAUAUUCAUAAUAGCUCUACCAAACUCUUAAAUUCUGUGCAGAGCAGUUUUUUAAUCCCCGGUUAGUUACCUGGGCAUGAGAGUAAGAAUCUUUUUAAGACAAAUAUUUUGUUAGAGGAAGCCUAUGCAGGAAUAAUUGCCCAAUGAAACAAAAGUGCCAAAAUGUGGCUUCCUGCCAUGGUACAGCUGUGUUAUGUAAUAUUGGGAGUCAUGAACCGGUCUUUCUGUAUUACCACACUGUAUGUGACGGCUAAUGUUCAAAGUCUCCGUGUGGGGAUAACACGCAGACGCCACAUAAACUGAUGCAUAUCUGCUUUGCUCACUGGAUGGCAAUUUGUACAUCAAUGUUUAAUUUUGUAUUGUAAUAUUCCCCUGGUGUCAUCUUGAAGGUAAUUAAGGUAUUAUUAUGUAGUGCAAAUUAUACAACAAAUGAUAUUGCAUGUGAGUAUUGUAAUAAGAAUGACAUUUCUCUGGAUGUUAACAUGAAAUUAUUUAAACUUGUAAUUAUUUUAGUCACAAACCAAUUUACUUACACAAAAACUGUAUGCUUGAAUUGAAGAAUCUUUGAAGAAGAGGCAAUUACAGUUGAAUCAAUACAAAAUCAAAUUGCUUUUUAUGCAAAGUUUUAUCUUCAUAUUUUUGUACAUAUGAGAACCACAGUAGUAAAUUUAUAAAA